UGAACCAGGGUAUAUAUAAACAAACACCGCUACGGGUUAUUUCAACAAGCUUUACAAGUCUCAGCCCCAAGGGUGUUAAAACUCCAAAAUGGUCUAUAAAGUUGAGAAACACGGGGUGAGGACUGGUAACUCGUUUAAAAGGUGGAAUACGAGAUAUUAUCGCCAGUACAAAAAACAGGCCUACCUUAUUCGGUCACAUAUCAGCGACGUUCACCUGGGUACCCCUGACUUCGAUGAUAUUGCCCGCUUCAGGAAGAGUAGCGCUUUUGGAGAGGGAAACAGUAUGACUGAUGGUGUCGAAUACUCCUUGAACAAACAAGGUAGAUGGGAUCUCCCCGGGAUACUUGAAAACAUUAUCCUUGGUACAAACAACGAAGAGGAUUAUGGGAUACAACUCGUUGAACGACACAGAAUAAGCCGUGUGGCAAACUGCGUCAGUGUCUGUUCCACAGAAGGCGUGUUUAAAGGCGGUGAUAUCAGUACGGACAGAAAAUUCAAAAUAAAAACUUCGGGAGGCUAUUUCCAGUCGAAUAGUGUUCUUAAACGUGCUCCUGCCCUUUCAAAGAACAAAAGACGCGACAGACGUCGGCGUCGUCUGCAGACGGAAGAAAUUAUAGAAGAGAACGAACACGUCAGAGAGACAAAUAAAUUACGUUAUGAAGUUCAUUACCCAAGUCCCGUUACCAGCUAUCAAACACACAACGCAAAAUGUAUUGGCAUAAACACGCAUGAACCAUUCCGAUGGAAUGGUUAUCAAGACAAAAGACAGCGUAGUAAGAGAAGAGAUCGAAUGGAAAUUCAUAUUAAAGAGUCGCUGCAGUGCAUGGACGACUCGUUCGAAGACUCAGAGGAGGAGGACGACGUUCACGAGGCAGACGAGAAUGCAGGUGAAGCAUGCGACUUCGUUGUUACUCUAGAUGACAUCUUGAAACAUGCAAAUACAGCAAGCAAUCUGGCAAGCGGGAAAGUUGGGCACAACAGUAAUACAAGCUCUUCUUCCUUAGACAGCGACGAGUCAUUGUCUCCAAAAGGCCGCAUUGUAUAUAUGGAACGCAAUGAAACAGACGAACAACACGAUACAACUGAAAUACAGAAGACCAUUCCAACAAAAAGAAGAAGCACUUCAUUGCAACCCGUUCGAGUCAUUUUAGCAGACGAAGAUAUAAAUCAACAAACUCUGUUGGAAAAAUUUGGAAAUGACUUUAUUGAAUGUGAAUGUUUCCCGUGCAAAUUUGUGUUGAACAUUUCAAAUCAAGUCACGAGAUUAGAUACAUUUAAAACUUACAGCAAGACCGAAAUGAUUCACACAGAGGCAUGCAUUGUUUUUGUGCACGAUGUUGAUAACGAAAUAAACAAUCUGAAAGAAACUGUCUACAAAGUUCUCCUAAAUGCAAACUUCGGAGAAAAUUUGAACAGUGUCCAGAUUGAAACAAUAUUUGAUUACAUGGAAACGAAUGUGGAGGAAAUUGUUGAGCGGACUCUUUUCUUUAUUGAAACUCUUCCAGCAGAAUCUAUUGUAUGUGAAAACAACACGAACGUCUGCAAGACGUCUAUGAAGGGAAGCACAGUGGAAAAAUGUGCUAAUUGGUCUGUUGAGUCUUAUCGUCCAAAUAACUCUUUCUUACUAGACUCGUUUUUGUCACGCCUACCCGUUGUGAAGGAAGCGGUGGAUAUGGGAUUUGAACUCGUUCAUCGAUUUGAUGCUUGUACGGAAGACGGAUCAGAAAAUGUGGCAUCUCCAAAAGAUCGUUUUUGUUGCAUUUGUUAUACAACCUUAGAAGACGCUAAUCCAGGUACUGCUCUCAUUUCUUGUAGUCAUUGGUUUUGCGACGGCUGUUGGAAAGAAUACCUUGAAACAAAAGUAAAUAAUGGUGCACUGGACAUCCAAUGUCCUGAAUAUGAUUGCAGUAAAAUUGUGGACCCGGGCACCUUCUUGUCACUCAUUAAUAUGCGUGAUGUUAUCAGACACGCAAAAUGUUGUCAUGACACACAGGUAGAGCAACAGAAAUCAGCAAGAUGGUGUCCAAAUGAAAAAUGUGAUCGAGUAUUGAAGAGAAACUGCGAAGAUGCGAAGAAUUCCCAAUGCACUUGUGGAAUAAAUGUAUGCUUUGAAUGUCUUCAACCUCCUCACUGGCCAGCAAGUUGCGAUUCUAUUAAAAGCUACUACAAGAAAAUGAGAGACACUGGUGACAUUGCUAUCGAGCCACCAGACCUUAAUAAUCAGGUCGUUGUUCGUGGAAAGAACUGCCCUUCGUGUCACAGAUUCAUUGAGAAAAACGGUGGCUGUCCAUCGAUGGUUUGUGUUUGCAGAGCCCACUUUUGCUGGGGUUGUGGUCAGUUAUGGAGUAGCCGGGUGCACGGUGACGAAUGUUACAAAUAUGGCUACAAAGAUUAUCAUAACACUACCAAAAGAAAGUUAGAAGCAGUUAAUCCACUUCAAAUAAAAAAUCGUCAGAAAUGGUAUAAGAUGGCCCUCCUUCAUCGCGUCAACCAACAUGCAGGAAGACUUCAGAAAAUGAAGUCAUGCAUUAAACCUACGGCCAAGAAGUUGCAAUUCUACAUUGUAAGAGCUGAAAAGAGAGGAGAAAAAGUAACUCUUGACUUUGAUUCUGAAAACAAAUCAUUUAGUCGGCAGACUGACAAGACUGCAUACUUCUUGAGGAACACUGUUGACCUGUAUGCAGAAAUUAACCACGUGGUCGAAAACACUUCCGUUUUACUGAAUUCGGAACAACUUCCGGCAGACCACAGACUUGUUCUCCAACACAUUUCUUACAGACUGUCUAGCUUUUCUGCGGUUAUUUAUGAACUCUUUUUAUGCAGCGAUAACGUUCAAGCAAACGUUCUUUUAGAAAAGUUAAAGGAAGUGCGGUUUCAUACCCGUAAAACUUUCCAGAGCUUAAUCAGAUGUAUUAAAUCUAUGAAAGCAUAAUAUACGUAUCAUGCUGAUAUAAUAUUAUAUAGAUUUAAAUAAAGGAACAUUUGUUAUUU